AUGGCCUCGUUUGAUUUUCUGGGAAGGUGGUUCAAAGGGGAGGAGAAGACGAUAGUUGAGAGUGCCUUUGGGUUAGGUUUUUGGGAUCUGCUCGAACGUGAUCAUCAAUAUAUAAAGUCUUUUAAUGAGGGAAUGGCUAGUGAUUCACAGAUGAUCAACAUGGCACUUAGAGAUUGCAAGUCAAUCUUCGACGGACUUGAAACCCUCGUUGAUGUUGGAGGUGGCACAGGAACCACAUGUAGGAUCAUCUUUGAGACAUAUCCUAAUCUGAAAUGCAUAGUGUUUGAUCUUCCACAAGUUGUUGAAAACUGUUCAGCAAGUAAUAACUUGAGUUAUGUUGCUAGCAGCAUGUUUGAAUCCAUCCCUUUUGUUGAUGCUGUUCUAUUAAAGAGGGAUGUAAAGUUAUCUGUUUCUGAUUUUGUGCUGUGGAUAUUACAUGAUUGGGUUGAUGAAAGCUCCAUAAAGAUACUAAACAAAUGUAAGGAGGCAAUUUCAAAGAAAGCUGAAGGAGGAGGAAAAGUGAUAAUCAUUGACGCAAUGAUAAAGGAAAAGGAAGAUCACAGUGACAUGGCACCAGUAAACUCUUGUUUGACAUUUUGA